GUUAAGAAGUCCGGAGUAUGGCAGAAGACCAGGGAUCUCAGACAGCCCUUCAACCCAUUAGCAAACCUUUGACUUUAAUCCCCGUUGUGAUCAAAGAAGCAGCUCUCGACAGCCCUACCUUUCGCGCGACCGCCGUACAUUUUGGCGAACAAAUCGACCUAAUUGAGCGCUGGCUCGAAAACUACAUCAAGUCCGUCUCGAGGCUCGCCUCCGAAGUCACAGCUCUCGAGGGCAUCGUCAACAACUACAUCGCGGCGUCGGCCCCGCCUCUACAAGUCUCAGAAGCAGUCAUCGACCAUGACUACACAGCGCUGGCGCUCAAGCGGUUCGGGGAGGGCGCGAAGGAGUUCUGGACGGCGACAUUGCGGGGGAUGAAGCGCGCCGAAAUGGUGGUUGUGGACCCGAUUCGCAGUUUCCUACAGAACGAUCUGAGGAUGCUAAAGGAGAGCCGGAAGAUACUCGACCAGAGUCAGAAACAGUUUGAUGGGCUGCUUGCGCGGUAUAGCGGCCAAGCAAAGACGAAAGAGCCGAGUUCACUGCGCGAGGAUGCGUUUCAACUCCACGAGGCGAGGAGAGCCUACUUGAAAGCUAGCAUGGAUUUCUGCGUCAUGUCACCACAGGUCAGGGGUACACUGGAUAAAUUGAUGGUACGGGUGACCUCAGAUCAGUGGCGAGAUAUGAAAGGCGCGAGGGAAUCGUCGUCGAGCGCCUUUACGAAAUUUAGUGUGGAAAUGGAUCGAGUGAGGGGGUGGAGUAGGGAAAUGGAGAACGGCGAAAGAGUGUUCAAGAGAGAAUUGCAUAUGGCAAGGAAGGAGAUUGAGGCAAAUGCGGAGCUAGCUGCGAGACCUUCGAGGGAGCUAGACUACUAUGCGGCGUCAACGGUGCCAUACCUCGGAUCACAAGGCCCAUCGUCUGCUAAUCAGCCAUCGCCGGCGAAGCCCACCCCUGAGAAAGCAGAGAAACAGAGUUGGCUCUUUCAAAGAACAAUCACAGGAAAACCGGCGAGGACUGUAUGGGUCAGAAGAUGGUUCUUCGUUAAAAAUGGAAUAUUUGGCUGGUUGACCCAGGGCUCAAGAUCCGGCGCCGUGGAAGAGUCUGAGAAGAUCGGGGUGUUAUUAUGUGGAAUUCGACCUGCUUUCCAAGAAGAACGGCGAUUCUGCUUCGAAGUCAAGACCAAGGAUACGAACAUUUUGCUCCAAGCCGAGACCCAGAGUGAGCUUAUCGACUGGAUUGCAGCGUUCGAGGGGGCAAAACGAAAGGCUUUGGAAGAUACCGCGCGAACGGACACGCCAGCUGGCUCCCAAAGGCUCGAUGCUGCAUUCUCAAUCAGUCCACCUGUCGCUCCGGAAUUUGCUGCAAGGACUGCAGAUGGUCAUGUUUCUCAACUUAGUGAUGAGCUCGGCCCUGUGGAAAGAUCGGAAACUCUACCAAUACCUGGAGUGGAGGGUGGCCUUGCUACUCGAGGUAGCUUUGACGUUUCUCAGUCACGCCGGGGUACCGGAUUUGAUAGGGAUGGUGAAAGUAGCAGUCGAGAUCACGCUGCAAGAAUCAUCCAGAAAUUGGAUCUACAUCGCAAAUCUACCAUCAAUCCUCAAAUUACUGGAAAUGCACCGACACCAGCUUCAGGUGGCAUAGCAAGCUUGAUAUCCUCAAGCCUGAUGUCAGCUAGUCACAAUGUACUGCCUGCAGCGCAGCAGAUUGCAUCACCAGCACCAGGAAUACCAGAUCCCAGACUCGCAUCUGUGCAGAACAUUCCUACUAGCAGUCUCUCUCCCUCCACUCUCGCAAACCCCCCUACGGCGACGAAUUUAAGUAAAGCUGCUGUCGCUAUUACUGGAGAGCGCGGUAUUGCGCUUAGUAGAUCUGAUGGAGGAAUGCCAGGAGGAUUGAUGGCAAAUUUGUGGGGUUCCAUGAAUUGGGGUUACAUUAACCGCCUCGAAAGGGGAGAGGUGCAGCCAUCUCACGAGCGAAGCCUGUCGCAGCCUCCAAGCCCUGCCGGUCGCUCCGCUGCCCUUCUACCAGCGGAACGCUCUACAGACGUAUCAUCGCCAGGAUCGCGGAACGUAUCUCCCGCGCCCUCUACGCAUCGAAAAACGAUGAGUCUUGGUGGGCCUAUUCCCUCUAUUGUGCAGCGGCCGUCCAUUGUCACAGAUGACUUUCCAAACUACUACCCGAUCCCACUUCGAGUUCAGGAUGCUCAAUUCCGGAUGCUCUUUCCUAAUGUUCUUCGCGAGGACAAAGUGGUUCUUGUGUUUCGAGCUGUCUGGAAUCCGACGGACCAGCAGGAAUUUCCCGGGCGAGUCUACGUGACCGCCCGAGAUAUGUACUUCUACAGCAAUUAUCUUGGGCUAGUCCUAAUCACUGGGCUUGGGCUUGCCUCCAUUGACGAGGUCACUGCGGCUCCUGGCAAGGACUGCGACUUUCUGUUCGUACACUUCAAGGACCGAUCGAGGCCGGAUGAGGCGACGAGGGUCACAAUCAAAACUUUCUUGGAACCUUUGAGACUUCUCCAGCGACGGCUCAACUAUCUCGUCCGCAACGCCAACCACCAAGACACCAGUUUAGAAGAUGUUCUCAAACAUCUCAUUCGGAUGGAGGUUGACGAUAACGCUCACAGCCCAAGCGCAGAGAGCUGGGAGGAUGUUUCGGUCAAUACGCCCAUGGAUGGUUAUGGUGGCAAAGAUGUCAAAGCAAGUCUGCGAAUUGAUGGUAACCUGUUCUCCGGUCCGGGUGCCAUACCUGUCAGUAAGAACGCUACUAAGUUCAAGCUGCCUUCGCAACCGGUCUUGUAUGCCCCUGCUGGCAUGACGCAGGUCGCAGUCGAAAAAGAGCUUCCCAUAAGCCCGAAAGCGCUAUUCCACAUUCUCUUUGGAGACAAGAGUACGAUAUUUCAGAUGCUCUAUAGGGAUCGAUGGGCAGACCGCAUCGUUCAGAGUCCAUGGGUACAGCUUGAUGCAGGCCUCCAACGGCGGGACUUUGAAUAUGAAGUCGCGCUGGGCGAUAAGUCUGGGUCGGCACAAGCAAUGGUGGUGAACGACUACCAGAUCAUCGAGGUCUACAAUGACCAUCUUUGCUACUGUGUCGCGGAUAGGAAGACGCCCUGGCAUCUGCCUCUAUCGGACCAUUUCACCCUUGUUAGCAGGAUCGUUAUAACGCACGUAGCGAAAUCACGAUGCAAGUUGGCCAUAUACACCAAAGUCGAUUGGUCGUGGACACCGAAAUUCACUCGCAGCUUGAUUGAAAAGCAAGGUCUUCGCGAUCUUGAACUUGAUGCAAUGGACCUCGCGGAUGUCAUAAGUGAGCAGGUGGAGAAGCUCGGCAGCAAUGUUCGGACUGGUAAGGUGAUUUCAAUCUUUGGUCAAGUUGGGCAGGCGAAUCAAGCCACGCAAUUACCUGCAUCGGAAUUACCGGUUUCAACACGUCCACGCCGGUUCAAGUUGAAGAGACGCAGUCUUGCCUCUGUGGUAUUCAAGCUAUCAGCCAUUUUCGCUGUCAGCGCAAUGAAUACGGUAUUAGGGUGGCUGAUAGCUGCAUUGAACGGCCUCUUCGAAGUAUGCACGACGCAUACGCUGCUUAUCGGACUAUUGGCGCUGAGCGGUACGACGAACUUGUUCUAUUCAUCGCGGGACUCGUACCAGUGGUGGAACGAGCGCAACGCCGAGAAGUUCAUGGCACGGUUGGGAGUUGGACCGAGCACGAAUAUGGCACGGACCGUGUAUCUGAGAGAUGUGGAGGAGAGCGUACUGGGACUCAACCUCACGGAGGGCCUGGGAAUGGACGAUGGAAACAGAUGUCUCCACACGUUCGCAGAUCUCCUAAGCAACCCGUAUAGCGGGCAAGUGUCGCCGUUGACGCCGCUAUCAUCAAGAUCAACCAAGCAGACGUCCAGCCGUAUCCACCGCACACGGCAGCAUUUGGGAGCAUACCGACACGAUCUCCUCGUGUCCUUGCGAGUUGUCAACCGAGUCGAGCGAGAGGUACUAGCAGCCGAGUACGAGAAUUGGCUGUUGGAUGAGAGGGGAAGAUGCGGGCGAAUGGAGACAUUGCUCAAUUCGACGGAAGUCGGGCAAGAGAAGGGACGGACAGGGAUGGAAGCACAAGGUGUGCGGACAUGGGUGGAGAAGUAUUGUGGUGAUUGCGAAAGGGAAUUGGGCGAAGUGACGCAGAGAGGGCGGGGUUUCGCAUGAUUACGAUGAUGGCAAGUGUAUGAUGUUUGAUGUUUGGGCGGUCGGCCGUGUAGGCUUGAAUGGCUUGCUGCAUGGUCCGAUCUUUGGCGGCGUGAAACGUGCAUGGGAUGGACGUUAGUUUCUAUUCAUAUUAUACCAUAUACCAUAGUCGACGAUCUCGGACGGGUUGAGCAUCUUGUUCCAGGCAAGCAUUGGAAACAGCGGAGCGGGUCGGUACCGCUCCAAGUCAGCUCAAGGGUCCGCUAGGGCUGACGAUGUGGACAAGGCGAUAUGCGUAUCUGCAGCCCCAGAAAGAUGACCGCCUAGGGGUGGAGGCUGCAGGUAUAAUUGGCGACACAAGGCUGCGACACAGGGCUGGCCAGGCGUGC